GAGAAAGGGAUUGCGAUCAUGGAUGAGGCCUACCAAAGUGCAGAAUGGAGCGGCACUCUGCAAGAUUGCAAGGAAGCGAAUUUCAUGAAACUAAGUGAAAAAAAGGCUCCAUCAACCGGACUAGAGAUGAAGCAGGCAACAGAGGACCAACACUUCUUCAACAAUCCUAUUGUGAACAUGGCCCUUCCGCUCACGGACCUUUACUUUGGUGGACGUGUUGGACCGCGUGAGCAAGAGGACCAACAAGAGAAGUGCUUGUUCUCAUCUUACGCUCACUUUACAACAGGAUACAAGGUCCUCAAGGACACGGAGACCGAGGCUAGUAGUACACUUGAAGCUGAAGAUGAAACAAGUAGAGUCAUGCAGGAAGCUCGUAGCGCUGUUCUACUUCUUCCCGAACUAGACAAGGCGGGGAAGCAGAUCUCAAUUGCGUUGAAAUUCUUGACCGAUUUGACUCUUUUAGAGCUCGUAAACCGCAAUCCAGUGUUGAAGAAGGAGUAUCGGAAGAGAAUGCAAGAAGAUGAGUCUCUUACUCCAGACACUGAUAGGACGAGCAAGGACAUCGUGAUGGACAUCGAUGCAGCUAUUGUAAGAGACAUCUUACAUACCGUUCUCGUGACUAGCACCAGCAGCCCAGCAACAAGAGCUCCGACUUCUACUUCAGCAUCUUCAUACGCGCUCCGCAGAGAACUCGCCAGAGAUCUAGGCUUAGAACGCUUGAUUGAUGAAGAGGAGGCAGAUUUUACUAUUGUUGAAGAUGAUCUUGCUUCUUCUUGUGAAGACGUUGAGGAUGACUACGAGGUUGUUGCGGAUGUUACCCAGAAGGAGACUCGUAGUUGCACUACUCCUCCAACUCAGAAAGAGCAAGACAAGGAAUUUCUUGAACGAAUGCACAGCGUGG